UCGAGCGCUGCCAGAAACGUCAUGAGCGUCUUACUGCCCAACAUGGCGGACUUUGAUACCAUUUAUGAGUUAGACGAAGAAGACGAGCGAAUAGUGAGUGAAGAGCAGCUCGCCAGAUACUUUCCAGAACCUGUGCUCAUGCGAGGGGCCGGACACAUUACUGUGUUUGGACUUAGUAACAAAUUUGACACAGAGUUUCCCUCCGUCCUUACAGGAAAGGUUGCUCCAGAAGAGUUUAAAACGAGUAUUGGUCGGGUAAACGCUUGUCUGAAGAAGAACCUGCCAGUCAACAUAAAAUGGCUGCUAUGUGGCUGCCUGUGCUGCUGUUGUACGGUGGGCUGUAGUUUGUGGCCAGUCAUAUGUCUCAACAAGAGGACACGAAGAUCCAUUCAGAAACUGUUAGAAUGGGAAAACAACCGAUUAUAUCACAAGCUGGGACUGCACUGGAAACUCAGCAGAAGAAAAUGUGAGAGUAAUAACAUGAUGGAAUAUGUGAUCCUUAUAGAAUUCUUACCCAAGUAUCCUAUAUUCCGACCGGACUAAGAGCACUGCUGAGGGAUGCUGGUGAACGACUCUUACUCCUCUCCUUAGUGCCUUGUAUAUAAAGUUGGAAUGAGGGUCUUCACACGUGUCUCCACACGACCUUUUUCCUCUCCCAGUACCUUGUACAGUAGAAUUCGCAACACUGUCACUUUGGUUUAGAGCAGAUUUUGCACAGUUCCUGAUGUAGUAGAAACGCUCCUGUGUUGCACUCAGAUGUUUUUGAUAUAGAGAUUUGAAAAAAAACAAAAAAAACAAAGUGCAUUCACCCCAAGCGCCAUCUUCUUCUGGUCCUUCUCACCUUUCACAAACACACACCUAAAGGCACCUUUAGGUGGGUAUUUACCUUAUGUUAAAAGUGUCCAUUUUUUAUUUAAGGUUUACUUAUGGGACACAAAAAUGUGUCGAUUUUAUGUUAUGGUCGAAUAAAAUUUCAUUUGCUUUACAGCAGAAUUUCUGAGGUAUUAGUUGCUCUAAAGCAAAACGAGUUUAUAGGGCUUGUCUGAAGUUAAUUAAAAGUGGAAAGGUGCAGCUGAAAUGUUUGUUAGCAGGGUGUUUUUCCAGCACUUUGCUGAUAUUACUCUAAAAAGCGCAAACAUGUAUAGCUUGGUAUUUAAUGUUUACAUAAUGUAAUUUAAACAGUGAUGAGGUUUGCGCCAAUAUAUUGUAACAUAGUUUGUUUAUACUGCGUCUCUGUAACGUUCCAGUUUAUAUAAACCCGUUAUCUAGUAAGCCAUAAAAUGUAUCUAUGUACAACAUGCCAGUCGAGCAAGUGGCUGAAAAUUGCACUUGAGCACAUGAGUAUGUCAGGAUUUCAGUUGACUGUUCCCGAGAUUUUUUUUUUACGUUCUGUUUACUAAAAAAGACAGUUGGUUUGUUUAAGAUGAUUUUGCCAAUGAAGAUCUGUCAUUCAUUUCAAAAUAAAUUGAAAGCCCAGUGAAUUCUGUUUUCUCAUGCUUUGUUAGGUUUCACAGCAUUAGUGCUUAACCUUUUUUAUCAAAAGAAGCUCCAGCAUUAAUUUAUAGGAAUAAUAGACAUGGCACUGCUGUGUGUAAAGGACCGCAGGUUGAGAAUCUGCAUACCUGUACCAAGUUGAUGAUUUGAGUUCAUUGAUGUUGUUUGACAUUGUUCACUUUUUUUGUCGUUCCUACACCUUGUUGACAUAAUUAUCCAGACCUGUAGUCAAGCCUGCUUUAUUAGAGUGCCUCUUGAACUGAGCAUAAUAGUUACUGAGAUGUUUAGAGACAGUAACAGUAUACUUAAUCUUGGAGAGCAAGAGAAGAUACCUGCGAGGUUAUUAUGAUGUCUUUUAGGAUCCUACUACAAAUACCUGUAAAUGUUUCUCUAAUUAAGUGAAAAUAAAUUCUUGAUAUGAUUCA